AUGGCGUCUCUUAGGAGACAUGCCCAUGAGGAAUAUGGUAUAAAAAGGCCUAUACUGGAUAUGUACUAUAAGGCGAUGGUGGAAAAUCCUACAAUAAAGAAGGAACUAAGUGCAAUUCAACGUGCAAUAUUAAUACUCGUUACAAGAGCUUGUAGGACCAUAUCUACAGCGGCAAUGAACGUAAUAGCAGAAUAUAAGCCGAUGGAUCUGGAAAUUACUAGUAUUGCAUUAGCAAGACUAUUGAAAAAGGGCAAGUCGGUAUUUUGGAGAGAUGUGGAGCUACCAGUUGAACUGGAUUUAGAAGUGGAGGAGAAGUUGAAAAGACUGGAAGAGAGAAUCAAGACUGAAUGGCAAGACCAAUGGAAAACCGACGAGCAUGGAAGAGAAUUGUAUAUCUUUAUUAAGAAU